AAGGUUAUUCAAUUUGGCGAACUAAUUCUAGUAACGGAGAGAGAGAACAGUUCAUGCCAUUCCGCAUCGAGAAAUGGAAGUCGACGCGACACGUUUUGUUUUUACGAGCACAAGUUCGCGAUUGUUGUCAUUGUCUUUGUCGUAUUACGAAAAGGAGGUUGCGGGAUUUCGCGAAGUGACAUUAUUCCGAGGUCAAUUGUUUAUUUAAUUUGUUAUGACAAGAAGCACGUCAGGUAAAGCCGGUCGCCGACCAUCCGCGAUUCCGGAGACAAGAGUCUAGUCGAAAUUAAAAUCGUAUACCGUGUUGUGACGUGUGUUUUGGUUUUGGUUUUUUUUCAAGUAAUUAAAUGCUCGAGGGCUUUUUCAUGCAUUACCAAGGAACCAAGAGAGGAAAUUAGAUUUUUUUUUUUUGACAUCUUGAGGAAAAUUUGAAUUCGGAAAAGAGGAAAUAAAAAUAAAAAAAUGUGGUGUCUCAUUAGUCAGGCCAACUCGGUGAUUCUCGAGGUGCAGGUAGACCCCAGGGCAAUUGGUCAGGAGUGUCUUGAAAAGGUGUGCGAUUGUCUUGGAAUCAGCAAGGAGUGUGACUAUUUUGGUCUAAAAUAUCAAAAUGCAAAGGGAGAGGAGCUCUGGCUUAAUUUACGAAAUCCUAUUGAGCGACAGACUGGAGGGGGAGUUGCACCUCUUAGAUUUGCUCUGAGAGUCAAGUUUUGGGUGCCGCCUCACCUGUUGCUGCAAGAAGCUACCAGGCAUCAAUUCUAUUUGCAUUCACGUUUGGAAUUGGUUGAGGGCAGAUUGAAGGUUUCUGAUUGGGUAUCUGUGGCCCGUUUGGUUGCUUUAAUUGCUCAAGCCGAUGGAGGUAAUUACGAUGCCUUGCUACCACCGCAUGCACUUUAUUCCCAGUGCUGUCAUAUUCAACCGACCGAACCUUGCGAACCAAAACCUCAAGACUUUUUGCAUCGAAUUGUUCAACAACAUAAAGAAAUCAAGGGCAUGAAAGCAUCGACUGCUGAAUAUUGGCUGCUAAAAGAAGUCUCAAAUUUAGAUACAUUUGGUCAAGAAAUGUUUAACAGUAAAUUCGGUUACAAUGGAAUUUCAAUGAUUGGCGUUGGACCACACGGAAUCACUGUUUAUCGCAGUCAAGAAGACGAGAUACAAAACAUACCCUACACGGCUAUACAGAGCGCAACUUCCCAGAGACGGAUGUUUCAUCUAGUCUAUCUUUCUCUCGACGGCGAGGAAACUUCGUUGGAUUUCAAACUCGACUCAAGUCAAUCCGCGAGCGGAUUGUACAGAGCGAUUACGGAAAAACACGCGUUCUACAGUUGCGAGACUGUCAGAAGUGCCGUCACUGCCCAGUUCAUCAGAGAUUUAAAGGGAACGAUAAUUUCAAUAUUCAAUGAUGAUUCAACUCUCGGCAAAAAAUAUGUGUUCGAUAUUCGUAGAACCUGCAGGGAAGUUUACGACAAUGCGCGUCGUGCACUUUAUUGCGAAUCGGCAAAUAUAGCUUUACCAGAAGAAAAUGAAAUUUUGGAGAGAAACGAUUGCAAGGAUUGCGAAAAUCCAAAAUGCAAGGAAUCACGCGAGUGUCUGGCGAGGCUUUUGGACGCGAUGCUCUGUCGCAUUUGCAUGGAUCGAAGUUUAGACACGGCUUUAUUUCCAUGUGGACACGCGGUGGCAUGUUUGGAUUGUGCAAGACGUUGCGAACGUUGUCCACUAUGUCGUGCGGACAUUGAUCAUUGUCGCACAAUUUAUCUUCCCCUUGAAUUGACGAAUGUCGACAAUAAACACAACAAUACAACAAAAAUAUCUCUCGAUAAUAAUGAAACAUCAUACGUUCCAAAAACAACGGAAGUCAUUGACGAAAGGAGGAUUAUGACGACAAAUGAAAUUUUAAAUGUAAAUAACAGCAUUAUUUGAGAACGCCGAGAGGAUCGAAAAUUCAGCGCAGUCGAGAGAAUCGUGAGAAUAUUCACCUGCCGUAUCGAAAAGGCAUAUUAGUAAGAAAUUAACAAUUUUUUUUUCUAUAAAUUUUCCAAUUGUUGAUUUUUUUUCAAUUCUAAUUUUGUUACACAUACAUUUGAAAUUUUGUUGUGAUAUUAUUGGUUUUAAUUGGCAAAUAUUAGCGAAGAGUUUUUUAUUUUUUAUUCGCAAUGUAAAUAGAAUUUUUAUUUUUCAAAAAAAUUUAUUUUUCAUAUUAGGGAAAAAAAAGAAAUUGGAAAUUUUCGUUUCCUUUUUCUUCUAGUUGUAAUAACGAACGAAGAAAUUUAAUUUUUCUAUGAAAAAAUUUGCAAUUGAAGAUUAUUCUAGAUUUAUUUUUUAUUCCGUAUGCAAGUGUGUGAAUUUUUGAAUUUGUUCAAAUUUUAAUUCAAAAAAGGACAAAAGUGCUAUUAGCAGCGGAAACAAAAAUGCUGCCGCGAUUUUUGAUUAGACAUUCGCGAUAUCAUUAGAGAGAGAGAGAGAAAAUGAGAGAAAAUGAGAGAAAUAAAUAGAAUGAAUGUCGACACGUCAAAAUAUCGAGAAACGAUCCAAAGGGAGAAAAUCUUUCCCAAAAAAAGGACGAGAGUUAAAAUUAAUACAAGAAAGGAAAAGAGACUUUUAAGAAGAAAAACUAAAUACAAGAAUAAACACGAAGAAAAUUUAUAAAAAUUCGAAAAGAGAAGAAGAAAAUUUUGUUUAAUUGAAGAAAGA